AGACGGCACAGCCACAUCCGCCCUUCGAUCGAUGAAUCUGGAGCGGCUGCUCUUCUCUGGGGAGAGGGCGGAAGUUCUAGUCUCUCAGCCUAGACUUAUCGCUCGCUGAGCUGCUCGCCGCUCAGAAGCUCGCGUCGGAGUUGGGGAAGGAAGAUGUUUCGCAACCAGUAUGACAAUGAUGUCACUGUCUGGAGCCCUCAGGGCCGAAUUCAUCAAAUAGAAUAUGCUAUGGAAGCUGUGAAGCAAGGCUCAGCUACUGUGGGGCUGAAAUCAAAAACCCAUGCUGUUCUGGUUGCUCUAAAGAGAGCACAGUCUGAACUGGCAGCUCAUCAGAAAAAAAUCCUGUAUGUUGACAACCAUAUUGGCAUCUCAAUUGCUGGGCUUACUGCUGAUGCAAGACUGUUGUGUAAUUUCAUGCGUCAGGAGUGUCUGGAUUCUAGAUUUGUGUUUGACAGACCUCUUCCAGUGUCCCGUCUAGUGUCUCUAAUUGGAAGCAAAACCCAGAUACCAACACAGCGAUAUGGCAGAAGACCAUAUGGUGUAGGACUGCUCAUUGCGGGUUAUGAUGAUAUGGGUCCUCACAUCUUCCAAACUUGUCCUUCUGCAAACUAUUUUGACUGCAAAGCUAUGUCCAUCGGUGCUCGUUCACAGUCAGCUCGAACUUAUUUGGAAAGACGCAUGACUGAGUUUGCUGACUGUAACCUGAAUGAGCUAGUUAAACAUGGUCUGCGGGCUCUCAGAGAGACCCUUCCUGCAGAACAGGAUCUGACGACCAAGAAUGUUUCCAUUGGAAUUGUUGGCAAAGAAAUGGAGUUUACUAUCUAUGAUGAUGAUGAUGUGGCUCCAUUCCUGGAGGGACUUGAAGAGAGACCCCAGAGGAAGCUUGCUCCACCUGCUGAGGAACCUGCAGAAAAGGCAGAAGAACCAAUGGAGCACUAAUAUUUGUGGAUAAGCCCGUGUGUUAACCUAUAUAUAACAAUAUAGGAAUGUUCAUCAAUUAAUCUUUACCCUGAACCAAAUGCAUAUUAUAGUAAUACAUGAUGGGGAAUUAGUCCUAGAGUAUUUUCAGAUAUCCCUAAACUGACAUCAAAGAAGUCAUACUUGGGCACCUUUUCUUUGAAAGGAAAGGUAAAAUCAUUUUUUUUUUUUUUUU